AUGGCAACCAAGCGCGAUCUGAGGUGGCCACGGCGGUUGCUGUGGGGGUUGUGGCUGGCCCGGGGCGCUCCACAGAGCCCGGGUUCCGGCCUGAGCCUAGAAGGGAGGACUUAUUCCCAGGGCGACGGCCCAUACUCGCGCACGGCGCUCUAUGAACUGCUCGGCGUGCCCACCACAGCCACGCAGGCGCAAAUCAAGGCGGCCUACUACCGGCAGAGCUUCCUCUACCACCCGGACCGCAACUCGGGGAGCGCCGAGGCUGCCGAGCGCUUCACGCGCAUCUCCCAGGCCUACGUGGUGCUGGGCAGUGCCACCCUGCGUCGCAAGUAUGACCGCGGCCUGCUCAGCGACGAGGACCUGCGCGGACCUGGCGUGCGGCCCCCCAAGGCGCCGGUCCGCGACACCGGCUCGCCCCGCAGGUACCUGGUGGUUCCAGUGUCCCUCAGCCCCCAGCAGUUCAAGUGCUGGCAGCAAGGACAGUAG